AGUUGUUGAAGAACUCCAUACUCGGUAAAACCAAGACAUCAAUCGUAUUUCCAAAGAUGUCGAAAGAGUGGUUAAUUUUUGCCCUGGGUACCAAUAACUGGCAAGGGCCCGGUCAAUUUGCUCCAGGGUCUGGUAUUCUUCACCAUGGCCAGCAUGUCGCAAUGAACUCUCUGGAAAACUGCAAGUGCUAUUCCAUUUGGCCGUCGGACAUCCAGAAGACCCCAAAGGACUGUGACGACUAUCGCGUGUACGAGAUUCCGCACCCUAUUCCAAUUUGCGAAAGUGUGGGACCUCAGAGCAGCAAGCGCUGGCAUUCGAUGUCUGAAGAGGAGGUUACGUCCUACUGCGACAACCUACUUCAGCAGUGUUUGGACUACAUUGAGUACAUUGAGAAGAAACACGGCAAACGCAUCAACCUCUUUCUCGCCCAUCACUGCUUCAUGAACCCGGUGAUCCUGUCCGAAAUCAUUGGUCGCAGAACCGCUCAGGGUAUUCCGCGGGCACCGUUGGUAACGUUUGCGCACGGCACGGCGCUGAAGAUGUACGAGAACGAGAUCAACACGCUUCCCGAUUUUCCCAUGAAGUUUUACGACUGGAUUCGCGGAACUAAAAAGAUCUUUGAGAACACUGACAAGGUGUCUGGAGUCUUGGCAGUGUCAGAUCCGCAGAAGGAAACAUUCGAGAAGCUGUUCCCCAACUUCCCACCUGAGCGUGUUGCCGUAACCCCGUGCGGGUACAACCAGUUGGUGUUCCACCCGAUUGAGGGUAUGACACGUGAGAAGGCCUUUGGAAGCAUGCCGCAGGUUUUGUACAACGGCUUCGACGGUUCUAAGCUUCCUUCUGAUAUGCAGUGCAUUGCCUCUGGUAAGUGCAUUCCUGACGUGAACUCGUACGACAAGGUGGUCGUUUUUUGCGGCCGCUUUGCUGAUUGGAAGCGCCUCGAUUCUGUUCUCAUGGCUGCCAGCAACUGGGAAAAGAGUUCGCUGAAGAUUCUCACUCUCAUCAUCGGACACGGCUCGGAGGAGUCGCGGAAGCUCUACGUUGACAUGGCAUAUGAGCAGCUGCAUCUGAAGCACACUUUCUUCCUUGGUCCACAGAGUCAGCCUAACCUGGCUGACAUAUACACCGUCACCGACGUCUCGGUUUUCCCGAGCAAAGAUGAACCUUUUGGUCUGGUGUUCAUCGAGUGCAUGGGCUGUGGAACGCCUGUCAUCGGUGCGAAGUCCGGCGGUCCGCUGGACUUUGUCAAUGAUGAUGUCGGCACCCUUAUCGAUGAGGGCACAAACGAAGAAGUCGCACAGCGCGUGUAUGCUGCGGUGCAGCAGGCGCUCGCGGAGGACUGGAAAAAGACGAAAGGGCCACAUUGCGAGCAGUACGCGUUCAAGCGGUUUAGCCUCACCACGCAGGCUGAUUUGAUGCUCCGCUUUGUGUCGAGCCACUUUACGGUCUAG